AUGCCUAUCAACCAGUCACGUGACAGUGUUUUGGCUUCCUCCCCACGCCAAUGCGGUUCCCCACCCCCGGACGGCUCCUACGUCUUCACCCAUCUCUGGGAAUUCAAACUCUUCCCCCCUCUUGCUCCUCUUUCGCCUGUUCACUCCUUGAUCGACUUGGACGAGUGCGACUCUACCUCUUACUCUAAUCACAAUUACAAUUCCAAUGACGAUUACAAUUCCAAUUACAGUCAUGGUUUCAAUAACGUUUAUCUUUCCCAGGGUGAUUACAAUGACCGUUCUCAGGGAGAGGUCCCACUUGGCAAUGGCCCGUUCCAUGACUUCCACCCCCACACCAACCCCAAAGACGACGAAGGAGACUCCCUCAUAUCGAUCAACUCGUUGAUACCCGAUCUGAACCUUUCUACUUCCAGUUUCAACUCCCGUUCCAAUUCCAACUCCAGCUCCGACGUCGAUCUGAACCUAUCCAUUUCCAACUCCAAGUCCAACGCCAACACCAGCUCCAAGUCCAAAGUCGAUUCCUAUUCCAAUCUGAACCUAUUCAACUCCAACUCCAACGCCAUUAUCGAUUCCAAUCUGAACCUCGUCCAUCCUAACCUGAACCUCGUCAAUCCCAUCGACACCACGUCCACGUCCACGCCCACGAUCCAGAACAACGGUAACGGUCAGAUGUCGAUCAACCACUUGACGGUGAAUAUGAACUUUCAUCUGGCCCCUCCACUCGAGUCUAAACUUCUACCACAACUCCUUCCGUCUACACAACCUCAACUCCACUCAGCUCCACCUCAACCCGUUCCGGCUCCACAACCUCAAGUCGAGUCUACACCACAAGUCAAGUCUACACCACACCACGAGGAGUUUACACCCCAAGUUGGGUCGGCUCCCCCACCACCACCACCACCACCACCGGCGGCGGCGGCACCACCCUCGUCCGAUCACUCCCGAAACUCAUUGGAGCAAGAUGAUGCGCGAGUUGAAGAUCAAGCUGGCCGCGCGGGCGGCAGCCGGGGGAGCGGGAGAGGGGAGUAA